AUUAACAUGGCUUCGAAAGGACAGGUCGAGAGUUGGAUUGAUGAAUUAAUUUGUCCGAUAUGCCUGGAUUUCUUCACCGAUCCGGUGUCACUGGAGUGUGGACACAACUUCUGCCGCUCCUGUAUCACACAGUGCUGGGAAGGCGAUGAAAACAACUCCUGUCCGGAAUGUAGAGAGGAGUUUCAGGAAACAAUCCUCAGAGCGAAUCGGGCCUUGGUGAGACUGGCAGAGAAAGCUCGAAAUUUAAACCUGAACCCGAAAGAGAAGGGAAAUAAACUUCAGUGCGAGGAACAUGAGGAAGAACUGAAGCUGUUUUGUGAAACUGACAAGAAACUGCUCUGCCUGAUCUGUAGAGACGCCAGGGAACACAGAGAGCACCGCUUCCUGCCGAUUAAAGAAGCUUUGGAAACUUACAAGGAUCCGGCGGAAUCUUCCCUGAAAGCACUUACGCAGCAAAUACUGGGAAUUCUAAAACUGGAGAAGCAACAAAGAAUUAAGAUUUCUGAGAUUAAGGGCCAGUCACGCUGUUUACAAUCCCACGUCGCAGCAGUCUUUGCUGUAAUACGCAAGAAACUCGCUGAGAAAGAACAGCUUUUGAUCAGAGAUCUCAGGACACAAGAGGAGAAGAUCAUAGAUAAAAUGGAGAAAAAUCUUCGGGAAAUUCAGGAAAAAUUGAAUUCUAUUCAGGUGGAACUUUCGUUGUUGCAGGAGCAAAUGGAGCAAACGGAUGAAUUUGGAUCUCUGAAGGGAGAAGCUAAACAGAAGAGAAGGAUCAGAGGCGAGCUUUCAGACUCAGCCACGGGUGGGGCCCUAUCAUUGGAAAAAUCCAUCGAUUCUUCAUCCUUCACAGCUUUGUGGGAGAUACUUGAUGACAUUCAGCCUGAUUCUGUGACGCUGGAUGUGGAAACAGCAGGCCCGGGGCUCGAGGUGUCUGAAGAUCGGAAGAGUGUGAGAUGGACCGAGAGGCUGAAGGCUCUCCCCGACACCGGGAAGAGGUUCACAUUUGCACGUUGUGUGCUGGGGUCGGAGGGAUUCACAUCGGGGAGACAUUACUGGGAGGUGGAGGUGGCAGGGAAUCAGCGCUGGAGUGUGGGAGUUGCCACGGAGUCUGUGGAGAGAGAGGGAGAGGAAGACGUGAUCCCAGAGACUGGAGUGUGGACUGUUGGGCGGGGCGGUUUCAAGUUUUAUGUUCCCACCUCCCCUGUGUCUCGCCUCCUUCCUGGUCCCAUCCCCGGGAGGGUGGGAAUUUAUCUCAGUUACGAAUCCGGCACAGUUUCAUUUUACAAUGCGGAAACCAAGACCCAUCUCCACACUUACUCUGGGAAUAAGUUCAUGGAGACACUUUAUCCUUUCUUUGGCACUGGGGAUGAAGGCUGGCUGAGAGUCUGCUCCAGUUCUAAUCUGGACCCAUAAAAGUGUAGGGUUGCGGGGUCCAGGAGUUGUCAAGCAGAAACUACUUUGACAAGUUGCGGCUGAACUGGUUCCAUUUUGUUCCGAGAUUCUGCAGUUCCAAAGAGGCAGAAUUUAAAACCAAUGAAAUGUAGGGAAUCAAAAUAAAUAGUAACUAAAAUUGGAGCUGUUGAUUUUUUUUUGACUUUAAUCUGUAAGUUGCAUUCUGUACUGAGGAGAAAUACUCUUUGAACGUUUAAAGAUUGAAACAAUUGCCUUUCCUGUGGGCUCCAUGUAUUUAGCUGCAGCCACAGUCAGCGGGAUCUGAACCUCUGGGUCAUCUUCCCCCUAAACUGGGUCCUAAAAUCCACUGACUCAGGUAGUCCUAAAUUCCUGAAGACUCAAGGUGCAGAUGAUGAAGUUUAAAUGGAGUUUUUAGAAAACUUUUUUUUUGUAGUUUUAAUAAAAAGAGGCAGCAUCCAUACGGGCAAGUGGACUCUCAGCAUUCUGGGUUGAGAUAUUGCACCCGGACGGUUCUUGAUUCAAAACAUCCACCAUCCCUUUGCCUCUACAAAUGCUGCUUGCCCCAGUGAGUUUUCCCAACAGUUUAUAUUUGGUCCACAUUGUAAAGCACCUGCCUUCUUCCGUUAAAAUCAUGAUGGAAAUAUCCAGUAGAUCAGGCCACAUCCACUUUAGAGAAAGAGAGAGAGAGAGAGAGAGAGAGAGAUGAAAUUAAUGUUUCAGUUCAAUGAACUGGAAAGAAUUGGAAAUGAACCUCGUUUUCUGUUUUGUUGCAGGGAAAUAGGGAAAAGGUGGAGGGGACAGAGGGGAAGGUCUGUGAUAGGACGAAUCCCGGGAAAACCCAUUUUCUGUUCUGCUGCAGAGAAAUAGGGAAGGGGCGGAGGGGAAGGUCUGGUAGGACAAAUCCUGGGGAAAUGUGAAUGACAUAUGGUGCGUAUCGGUGUUGAAAGAGCAUGAUAAAGGUGAACUUGGCGGCAGUGCAAACAGGAAGGAGGAAUUGAAUUAGAAAUUGUUGUGCGAGUCAGAAUGAAAACCAAAUAUCCUGGAAUGCGAGGUACGAGGACUAACUAAUUAGCAUAAAGAAAUUAAUUCAGAGUUGAGUCUUGUAGACUGUAAUAUGUCCAUUCAGAAGAUGUGAUGCAAUGGUGAGACAUGUAGGAAUAGACCACAAGACAAAGACAGAGGUCAAAGUGGGAAGGUCCUUUCAGCUGCAUUAGAGGGGAAUCAAUGGUUGACAAGAAAGGAAGACAUCUCCAAAUCACGUGUAUUGAAGCUAUAAAUUCAGGCUGUAGUUCUGAGGGGCUAUGGCUCUUGAGAUGUUCAAGGCUCCAUAAAUAAACGUAACGUUCUGAGACUGGAACUAGGGGACAAAGCCUCAAGAUUUUGGGGAAUAGAUUUAGGACAGAGAUGAGGAGAAACUUUUCCCCAGAGAGCUUUAGUAGAAUUCUCUGUCUAGGGAAGUAGUAGAGUCUACUUCAAUACGUUUAAGGCACCAUUAGAUAAAAAUUUGCAUAGUUUGCAUAGGCAGAACUGUGUCCACAGCCCAAUCACUCAUGAUCUCAUUGCUUUGUGGACAGGCACAACAGGACAGAUGGCUGACUUCUGCUCCUAUUCCAUACAUUCAUCAUCAGAACACAGAAUGAACCACAUAUGCUAGUUAGAUGAAAUGAGUCCACAAAGGGAGCAGAAUAGGAAAAGAUUCAUUCAUGGUAACUGUUGGAAUCUAUGAGCUUGCAGUGGAUACUGGUAGCUAGCUGAGACGCUGACAGCGAGAUGGAAAAAGCUAGUUAGGGAAGGGCAGAGGCAGAAAUAGAGCAAGUGAAAGUGAGGAUUCAGAAAUAGAGUGGCUGAAAGUGAGAAUUUGCUGCAAUUUGAGGGCGAGAGUGACGAAACUUUCCAACUGGGUACAAGAGUAGGCGCCAACACUGACCUGUGCAUCACUGUACUGGGGAAAGAAGUGAGCAUGGGAUCAGCAGGCACUGAAACAAGGAUUGCUCCACGUAUCCCACAGAGGGGAAGAGAGAGCUGGGAUCGCAACAGGUUCCCACAUAGAACCUGCAUUUGCACUUUACCCUAAUUACAAAUUUCACAGGUAGUCUCAGCUUCUUAAAAGCAUAUCUGUCUUUUCCCUUCCCUUUCCCCAUUCACAGCACCAAGUAUCCCAGCUAGUUUGCUCCCAUGCAGAAAAACCAUUGCUAAUAAAAAGUCAAAGUAAAAUUUUUUCUCAAAUUAUUUAUAUGUUACCAUAUACUGCCUUCAAAUUUGUUGUUUUGUUUUGCAGGCACUUACUUGAAAAUAAAGAAAUAAAAUAUAACUUACAAAAAACUGUAUGUAAGCAAAGACUGUCAAGUAAUUAUGUGCAGAAUAUGACAAACUGUGGAAAUAAAAAUCAUAAUACUAAGAUCCUUAUAAAGAAAUGAGGACAAUGUUGAACAUAGGGUUCAGAGUUCAUAGAACUACAGAGAGUCGUGGAGCCAUGCAUCUCACCCCUCACAUCCCCACUUAGACAUCCCACCUCUCCCGGAAGUUCCAGGAGUCUCCCCCAUAUUAAUAUUGGCUCCCUGAUGCCCGCAAAUUAUAUACAAUAUCACGGAAA